UCAUCGUUGAUCGCGAACCGAUACCGCGGGCCCAUAUGCGGGCAGCCACCGGGCCGAAGGCACGGGCGCGUGGCCCUAGUAGCUUCAGGUACGCCCAGCCCACCUCAUUCUUCAAUGCGACGCCUGUCAUCACCUCCAUGGCAUCUCCAUGGACAAAACACAUCAGAUCCCAUCAUGAUCUCAUCGUUUUCUACUCGAUCGUUGUCCAUGUUGAUCUGUUUUGUCUGCAGUAGUGAAAUUGCGAUGGAGGAGGACUUGUCGGGCGACGAUGAGGCCGACGUUGGGCGCAUGGAUCUCGUCAGCGUCAGCUGCCUCAGCUCUCAAGGCCUGCAGUGCGCAUUCUUCAAGGGAUCUGCCGAGUCCACCCGGACGCUCGCCGCCAGGCUCAUGAGCCGCUCCAUCUCUGCCAGUUUGGUGACAAGGUCGAUAGAGGACGAAUUCGCAGACCCCUCAGCGCCGUUCGCCAUCGUUCACCCCUCGCUGAGCAAGACGAUCGUCGUCAGCCUUCUGUCCAUCGCUAUCGAUGACCCUUUCGCUGCCCGCCCUGACGUGUGGCGAUUCGCCAAUGGCAAACGUCUGACCCUCUCGCCGUGGCCCUCUCGAGCGGCGCAGAGCGCGGUGCUUGAGGCCUUGAUCAAGGGCGGGGCUGGCGUGGAUGGACAUGCUCAAGAGGACAAUCGCCCCAUGAAGGUCGCUGUGGCAUCAGCAAACAAGGAGGCCACCAAUGUAAGAGAAAAGAGGGGCGGGAGAGGGAGAGAAGCCGGCCGGCAUUCAUACCCGCCCUUCUCUCGUCCUGUCUCGUCUUAUCUGUCUGCAGAUGUUGCUCAAGCACAAGGCCCGUGUGCACGGUUUGGAGCUCAUCUACCCGCCCAGCAGCGCCGAGCGGCUCCCCCAGCCGUAUGCCGCGUCACUACUCAAGAUAUACAGGCAGCUGCUGUUCCACGAUCGCAGCCUUGCCACGGAGAGGGACGAGGCGGGAUGCACCGCUCUGCACUUGCUGGGGCAGGCCAGGCUGCAUGACGACAUGGUGCGGUCGGCCAUGCGGCAGAUCGCUGAGGCGUCCAAGAACAACAAGAUGAUCAUCUACCCAAACAACAGGAAGGCCAAGGGACGCGCGAGAGGGGCAGAGGGAGAGGGCUGGACGGUCCGCUCGGUGGCGCGCCGCUGCAUUGCGGGGGUCAAGGGUUUCCUCUGGUCGGCGUUUUUCUCCUGCCUUCUCGCUUUGGCCAUCCUCAUUCCCAUCGUGUACUGCGUCAUUCGGGUGCCUUUAUGCGUCGUGUGGAGCGUCGUCACCCUCCCCUUCUCGUCUGCCCGUCAUCAAAUCGCUGAGGAUGUCGCCGAAUGCGUCGGUGGCGUGUCGUUCAUCGUCGGCAACACUUGGCGCGUGCUGGCCGGCCAGGGCGUCGAAGUGCCGCAGGAUAUCUUCGAGCAUGUGAGUGGUGACACGGAUGACGACGCUGGCGAUUCGUGGUUCAUCGACAAGUACAUAGACCUCCUGGUGGAGCAUGGGCUGUCCCUCAUGAAUGAGAACGACAGCAGAGACACACCACUGGACUUCGCGGCUCCAGCUGGGUCGCGGGCAGUGGUCGAGCACCUGUGUCGCUCCCUGACCCAGAAGGACAUCAACCGUGUGCAUCCCCGUUAUCGGGUGACGGCGCUCGGCGGCGCGGCCAUACGGCUGCGGCAGCUCACAUACGAGAGCAAGAAGCACCCCGCCUCGCGAGAGCACAUCAGCGACCUGCAGCACGUGACCCGCACGUUGCUGCAGCACGGCGCGUCUCCCUCUCUGCUGCCGGCCGGCAAUGCCAUGCAGAGACAGGCACAGGGACUAGUCAUGGACAUACACAGAGAGAUGCAGCAGGGACAGAACGGUACGCAUGUAUGCACCCCAGAGCACCUAUCCCAUCUAUCCGUCAUGUCCUCAAUGUGUCUCUCCUUCUCCAUGAGUGCAGUUGCCAAGAGUGCGAGCGCCCAGCCGCCGUCAUCUGCUGCCCCGCCUUCACCCUCACCCUCACCCUCACCCGUACCGCCACCCGCACCCGCACCCGCACCCCCUCCCCCUCCUCAGCAGACCACCACACGCAGCGCCACGACAAAAGGCGGCCGGAAGGGAGGCGCCCAGGCCACAACCACCAGCAGCAGCAGCAGCACGGACGAGACACAAGAAGAGCGGGUCAGGCGGCUGACUGAGGAGGUGAGGGCGCUGAGGAUGCAGGAGGAGCUGCUGCGAGAGGAGGCGAGGGAGAGGGCCGUGAGGGAGAGCAAGGAGAGCAGGAGCAAGAAGGGAGGGGGCAAGAAGGGCAAGGCGGGUGGUCACGGGUCUGGGGAUGGGCGCGCACCUGGGGCCUCCCAUACCACUCCUACGGCUGCGGAGCCGUCCACAGCCAAGGCAGAUAGGUGAGCAACGCACUCACAAAGGGCUGGCCGGUUGUUUGCUCGUCCAUGAUGUCUGUGUGGCCUCUCUGCCUGCCUGCCUGUCUGUCAGUAAUAGUUCGUGUGUUGACGUUGAGGGGCGUGCCGAUGAGGACUCAUCCCCGGCAGCUGCGACGCCCGGUGCGGAUGAUGGCGGCUAUGGCAGUGAGGAUUUCGCACCAUUCGUCACCGUCACUCACACCAGCAAAAAGAAAAAGAACAAAGCCGACAAACUCGCGUAAGCCUGCGGCAGGAACGAUAUGCAACCUUCUUGUCUCCCUUGCAUUGAUGAACGCUCUUGUGUGUGUGUCUGUGUGUCUGUCUGUCUGUCUGUCUGUGUGUCUGUCUGUCUGUCUGUUAUCCUCUCAGGGCAGCGAAUGGUGCUUGUGCCAGUCGUGCUGCGGGCGCUGCCAAGCCACACAACCACCGGUACACAAGGAAAGGGAUUGAUGGGCGCCACGAAGAGCACCUUAUCCAUCUGUUGAUGUGAUGUUUCCCUUUCCAGCAGUCCGCCCCCUCUCGUCCCCACACAUAAGAUCGCAGGGUGAGAACACAUCAGGGAUACGCGGCCUUCAAAGCGGCUGCACGCACUCCAUGUGUCAUUGUGUGUUGUCAGAUCGUUGGCUAGUUUGUCGACUGGCGACAUCGGGAAGGCUCUGCCCACUGCAUCGGUGUCCUCGGCCACAGCAGCAGGCGACUGGUAGCACCGCCCACCAAAAGCUCAUGGCUGCAUGGCAUGCAUCGAUGAGAGCUUUCCUGUCAUUUGUUUGCAGCACGGGCGAGACGCCUCGGGGGCACAGCACUAGCGGCACGGCUGCACCUUCUUCUGCCAACCCCACGGCGACCGGCAUCGAAUCGAGGUGCGAGACAUGGCAAGGAACGGGUGGAGGGGGGUUCGCAGGAUGCGACGCAUUAUCCACUGGACCUCCUUGUUUUGGUUGUCGUGUCCAGGUCGCCUGCUGAGGAUAGUAAGGACCGUCUCGUCCACCAGCUACAGCAACAACUGGACGACGCCAGGCGAAAGUGAAAUAAACAAACAUGAAACACGAACCACGCAUGUAUGUGGUCUGUCUCUCGUUGUCUGCCAGGCUGGCCAAGGCCACUGCGGACCAGCAGCCGUCCACUGAGCGCCAUCCGGACACCGACUGCAUCAUAUGUGACGGCGACCACGGCAAGGCCACCAUCAUGAUCAUCCCCUGCAGACACAUGUGCGUCUGCACCCACUGCUACACACAGUGGAAGGCCAGGCACCAGCAGGAGGUGGCCGCGGCGAGGCAGCGGCAGGCGGCCGGGUCGACAGCAGCUCUGCCCAGGUUUGAGUGUCCGUGUUGCCGUGCCGAUGUGGUGUUUGCGGGAACCAGGGAGGAGGUGCUCAAGUGGGCUAACCAGCCUUACAAAUGGCAGCUAGACUGAC